UCAAACAGCAUCCACGCUAUCUCCAUUUGUAGUUACCGUAGCCAACUAUUCCCCAUCCUCGGAGUCCUUUAAGCUUUCCUCCGCCGUUGUUUCUGAAUUUUGUAGUCGAGCUGAAUCGCGAAGCAUCGAGGCUCAUCUGCGACAUUUCACGCUAUGGCACCCACAAAGGGCAUUCUUCCCUUGCAAAGGGCAGCUUUGUUCAAGUAUAGCAGUGAGAGGUGGAGUCUAGGCAUUAGGUCAUUUAGCACUCAAGGUGCAACAACUGCUGGUGCUCCACAGCCUCCCCCUCCUCCACCACCAGAGAAAACCCAUUUUGGUGGUCUAAAAGAUGAAGACCGGAUUUUCACCAACUUAUAUGGGUUGCAUGACCCUUUUCUCAAAGGUGCCAUGAAACGUGGUGACUGGUAUAGGACAAAGGAUUUAGUACUCAAGGGUGCUGAUUGGAUUGUCAAUGAAAUGAAGAAGUCUGGACUUCGAGGACGUGGUGGUGCUGGAUUUCCAUCCGGCCUCAAAUGGUCUUUCAUGCCAAAAGUAUCUGAUGGCCGUCCUUCUUAUCUUGUUGUAAAUGCUGAUGAAAGCGAACCUGGAACAUGUAAAGACAGGGAAAUCAUGCGGCAUGAUCCACACAAACUAUUGGAGGGUUGCUUGAUUGCUGGGGUUGGGAUGAGAGCUACAGCUGCUUAUAUCUACAUAAGGGGUGAAUAUGUGAAUGAACGUAAAAACCUUGAAAGAGCUAGAAAAGAAGCUUAUGAGGCUGGACUUUUGGGCAAAAAUGCAUGUGGUUCUGGUUAUGAUUUUGAUGUUCACAUCCAUUAUGGUGCUGGUGCUUAUAUUUGUGGUGAAGAAACAGCACUUUUGGAGAGCCUUGAAGGUAAACAGGGGAAACCCAGAUUGAAGCCUCCUUUCCCUGCUAAUGCAGGAUUGUAUGGCUGUCCCACCACUGUCACAAAUGUGGAAACAGUGGCUGUUUCUCCUACAAUAUUAAGACGUGGUCCAGAGUGGUUUGCCAGUUUUGGGAGGAAGAAUAACUCUGGGACAAAACUGUUUUGUGUUUCAGGUCAUGUAAACAAGCCUUGCACAAUUGAGGAGGAGAUGAGUAUACCACUUAAGGAGUUGGUAGAGAGGCACUGUGGAGGUGUGAGAGGUGGAUGGAACAAUUUACUUGCAGUAAUACCAGGAGGUUCAUCCGUUCCACUUUUACCCAAGCACAUAUGCGAUGAUGUCCUGAUGGAUUAUGAUGCACUCAAGGCUGUCCAGUCAGGACUGGGAACUGCCGCUGUAAUUGUGAUGGAUAAAUCAACUGAUGUUGUAGAUGCAAUAGCAAGGCUUUCUUACUUCUACAAGCACGAGAGUUGUGGACAGUGCACACCCUGCAGGGAAGGGACUGGGUGGCUAUGGAUGAUCAUGGAAAGAUUGAAAGUUGGGAAUGCAAAGUUGGAAGAGAUUGACAUGCUUCAGGAGGUAACCAAGCAGAUUGAAGGGCACACAAUCUGCGCUUUGGGUGAUGCAGCAGCUUGGCCUGUGCAAGGUCUUAUACGGCAUUUUAGGCCAGAGCUGGAGAGGAGGAUUAGAGAGCGAGCAGAAAGGGAGUUGCUGGCAGCUUCUGCUUAAUUUCUGCUCGGCUGCGGAAGAGCUUGAGUGGGUGUGUCAGGCCAAAGACUAGACCAGAAAUAGUGAGCUCAACCUGCUUGAGGAGAUCUGGAUCUUCAUCCUAAAAAGCUUGAGCUUGCUCGUUAACGAGCAUGGUCCAAUUCUUAAUCCCAGUUUCUCAGAUCCAGCUACAGGUUUGCUGAUUAGACCAUGAAUGUCAGUUCCGACCGCCUACAUGGUAGUCGUUAUAAUGGCUAGAACAUGUGAAUUUUCAACCCUUCUCAGCCCAUGGGAGGCUUUGGUGAGGCACGGUGUCACUAGUCUUGAUGUACCUAAAUAUUAAAGAAAUGAUUAAUCCCGCGAUUGGCUAGGA